GCGCGGGCCGGGGCCCUAACAGAAAGGGAAACUGAGGCCGGGAGGCGAGGCCGGGAGGCGGGCCCGGGCGGCUGCCUGGCGGAGGCGAUGCCGGCACACAUGGGCGGGGUCUCUCUGGCCCCGCCCCGGAUUGCUCAGCCCCGCGGUCUGCCCCGCGCGGCUGCCAGUGCCGGCUGCUCUCGGCCAUGGACGCCCCCGGGGCCCCGGGCCCGGGUCCGGGCCCGGGCAGGAAGGAGCUGAAGAUCGUGAUCGUGGGCGACGGCGGCUGCGGCAAGACAUCACUGCUCAUGGUGUACAGCCAGGGCUCCUUCCCUGAGGACUACGCCCCAUCGGUGUUCGAGAAAUACACGGCCAGCGUGACCGUGGGCAGCAAGGAGGUGACCCUGAACCUGUACGAUACCGCGGGGCAGGAAGAUUAUGACCGGCUGCGACCCCUGUCCUACCAGAACACCCACCUUGUGCUCAUCUGCUAUGACGUCAUGAACCCUACUAGCUAUGAUAAUGUCCUCAUCAAGUGGUUCCCUGAGGUCACACAUUUCUGCCGUGGGACCCCCAUGGUGCUCAUUGGCUGCAAGACGGACCUGCGCAAAGAUAAGGAGCAGCUGCGGAAGCUCCGGGCCGCCCAGCUGGAGCCCAUCACCUACAUGCAGGGCCAGAUCGCCUGUGAACAGAUCCGAGCUGCACUCUACCUGGAAUGUUCUGCCAAGUUUCGGGAGAACGUGGAGGACGUCUUCCGAGCAGCGGCCAAGGUUGCGCUCAGUGCUUUGAAGAAAGCACAGCGGCAGAAACAACACCGGUUGUGCCUGCUCCUCUGACCCCUCUGGGCAGGGCUCCCAGCCCAACGUGCAAGACUGACGGGGCCCAGGCUGCCAGGCCCAGACUAUACCCUCAGAACCUGUCCUAUCACCAGCUUUCCAAGGACACUUGGAGUUGGGUGUUUCCCUGUGCUUGGAGCCUGUGGCUAGACUCUUAGAACAUUCUGGAGAUGUCUCCUUUCUCAGCUGGGGCUCUGACCAUGAAAUCACCUCCGGGUUUACAUUGGAGGUGGGCCGGCAUGGAGGUGGGUGAGGAUGCUGCACUCAGCCCCUCCAGACCCCAGAUCCAGCGUUUGUCCCUAGAACUCAGGAGUACACAGCCUCCCCGCAGCCACGUGUGUCCCAUCGCACACCGAUAGGUCCUGCAGACCGAUGCUUGAAACAAAGAACUACAUCUGGUAUGUGGAUAAAUGGAUUUGUCAGCGUUCCACACAGUCCCCAAACCCACUGCUCCUGUGUUACCCGCCUCCCUGGGCUCCUGAGAUAGGCAACUGCUGCAUCCUCCGACUUCUGGCUGCUUUCCUCCAGGAACUUGGGGCCACAAUGGGACAGGGACUUAUCGGGACAACACAGGCACCAGCCCCGGACAUGGGGGCUGGCCCCCGCCCCCACCCCCACCCAGGACUUCAGCUGGGCUGCCAUCUUUCCAGAGCUGGAAUGGCAUGUACAUAUGCCUGAGGGGGAGAAGAAACAUUCUAAAACCUCAAAAAGCACCCUGGACCACCCAGGCAACCCUGGCUCAGGGGCUUGCACCUGCAACCCGCACUGCCCCCACUGCUGGAAGCUCAAGAUGAAAACUGUCAUCAGUUCUGAGUGGUCGUGGGCAAGUCACUGCCCUCUCUAGACUGGUUUCCCUAACUGCAAAACGACAGCACUGACUCAUUUUAGUCAUCAAGCUCCCUCUGUCCCUCACAGCCUCUACUUCUGCCAAGCUGAGACUAUCCUGGCCUCCUGCAAGAACACCCAACCCCCAGCUACAGAAUUGCUGAACCAUCUGGAAGGUCUGGGUUCAGGGCCAUCCAGGAGUUUUUAUUUUUAUUUAUUUUAUUUUAUUUUUUUCAUCCAGGAGUUUUUAAACAAGUGCUCCAGGUGAUUCUAAUGCCCCAGAGAUCAGAGCUGCUUGCUUCCUGAGUGAGCCACAAGUUAGCGUUAACUGAAUACAGGAUAAUAGCUUGAGGUGGCUCCUGCCCUCCAGGGAUCUCUUGCCUCAGCCCCCACUAAGCUUGAGCCUCUCUGAAGUCAUCUGCUAGAGGAAGACUUACGUAUGCCACCCCAUCCCACCUCACCCCACCCUGCCAUGCCCUGGGGAGUCAAAAGAGCACUCAAUCCAAGGCCUCGUGGACAAAUGAUGGUAUAGGGCAGAGGUUAAGCUAAUCAUACUCUAUGGACCAAAUCUGGCAGCUGUGUGUUUUUGUAAAUAAAGUUUUGUUGGGACACAGCCAUA